CCGCAGACGCACGCAGGUGCGUGAGGCCGUGCCCGCCGGGGACCCUGCAGACGUGGGCCAGCCAGGGAGCACAUCGGCACGCCCAAGGCUGAAAAUGUCCGCUUGGUAGAUCGAGUGUCUCCUAAAAAAGCAGCUCUAGGUACUUUGUAUUUGACGGCUACUCACGUCAUAUUCGUUGAAAAUUCACCUGACACAAGAAAAGAAACAUGGAUUCUUCACAGUCAGAUUUCCACCAUUGAGAAACAGGCAACAACUGCUACUGGAUGCCCUCUGCUGAUUCGCUGCAAGAACUUUCAGAUAAUACAGCUCAUCAUACCUCAGGAAAGAGAUUGCCAUGACGUGUACAUCUCCCUGAUACGCCUUGCAAGGCCAGUGAAAUACGAGGAGUUAUACUGCUUUUCAUUUAACCCCAUGCUGGAUAAAGAAGAAAGAGAGCAAGGCUGGGUGCUGAUCAAUCUCAGUGAAGAAUACAAGCGGAUGGGCCUCCCUAAUAAUUACUGGCUGCUCAGUGAUGUGAAUAGACAGUACAGAGUUUGUGACUCUUAUCCUACUGAACUGUACGUUCCCAAAUCGGCCACGGCACACAUCAUAGUGGGGAGUUCCAAAUUCCGGAGUAGACAGCGAUUUCCUGUCCUUUCUUACUACUAUAAAGAUAACCACGCCUCCAUCUGCCGGAGCAGCCAGCCCCUGUCUGGCUUCAGUGCCCGGUGCCUAGAGGAUGAGCAGAUGCUCCAGGCCAUUAGAAAAGCCAAUCCAGGAAGUGACUUCGUUUAUGUUGUUGACACCCGGCCUAAACUUAAUGCAAUGGCAAAUCGUGCUGCAGGGAAAGGCUAUGAGAAUGAAGACAAUUAUUCGAAUAUCAAGUUUCAGUUUAUCGGGAUAGAGAACAUCCAUGUCAUGAGGAACAGUCUGCAGAAAAUGCUGGAAGUGUGUGAACUUAAAUCUCCCUCCAUGAGUGACUUCCUGUGGGGUCUGGAGAACUCUGGCUGGCUAAGGCACAUUAAGGCCAUAAUGGAUGCAGGAAUCUUCAUUGCAAAGGCAGUUUCAGAGGAAGGGGCAAAUGUGCUUGUUCACUGUUCCGACGGCUGGGACAGGACUGCUCAGGUGUGCUCAGUGGCGAGCCUGCUGCUGGACCCGCACUACCGGACUCUGAAGGGCUUCAUGGUAUUAAUUGAAAAGGACUGGAUUUCCUUUGGUCAUAAGUUUAAUCACAGAUAUGGCAAUCUAGACGGUGAUCCAAAAGAAAUCUCUCCCGUUAUUGACCAGUUCAUUGAGUGUGUUUGGCAGUUAAUGGAAAAAUUUCCCUGUGCCUAUGAGUUCAAUGAGAGGUUUUUGAUUCACAUUCAACAUCACAUUUAUUCCUGCCAGUUUGGAAACUUCCUAUGUAACAGCCAAAAGGAGAGACAAGAACUCAAGAUUCAAGAAAGAACAUACUCAUUAUGGGCUCACCUGUGGAAGAAUUGGGCCGACUACCUGAAUCCUCUGUUUAGAGCUGAUCACAGCCAGACCCAGGGAACCCUUCAUCUCCCUACAACACCAUGCAACUUUAUGUACAAGUUUUGGAGUGGAAUGUAUAACCGCUUUGAAAAGGGGAUGCAGCCCGGACAAUCAGUUACAGAUUACCUGAUGGCAGUGAAGGAGGAAACUCAGCAGCUAGAGGAAGAACUAGAGGCCUUGGAAGAGAGGCUGGAAAAAAUUCAAAAGGUCCAGUUAAAUUGCACUAAGGUGAAGUGUAAGCAAAGUGAACCCAGCAAGCACUCAGGGUUUUCUACCUCAGACAACAGCAUAGCCAACACUCCCCAGGAUUACAGUGGGAAUCUGAAAUCAUUUCCAUCCCGGAGCCCUUCGCAAGGCGAUGAAGAUUCUGCUCUGAUUCUAACCCAAGACAAUUUGAAAAGCUCAGAUCCAGAUCUGUCAGCCAACAGUGACCAGGAGUCUGGGGUGGAGGAUCUGAGCUGUUGGUCUCCAAGUGGUGGUGAGCAUGCACCAAGUGAAGAUAGUGGCAAGGACCGGGACUCUGAUGAAGCUGUGUUUCUCACUGCCUGAAGUUUCCCUUUGGAGUUCCAAAGUAAAGGACACACAAGCAACACUUGCAAAAAUAAGGGAACACAGGAAGUUUAUCAUAAAAACAAGAAAUGGUACAUGUCAUUGAGAACUAUUAUUUUAAUGCAGCUAUGAAAAGGGAAACAAGUGCCCAGCUCUUGAUUUCUUAGAUACUGAAGAGGACAUAGUCAUUUCGUUUAUCAAAUAUAAGGAAAAUUAUUCACCAUUUUGAAGCUCAUCCUAGACUAUGAAAAUUAUAUUCACUACAGAGCAAUUACUUCUGUUAUUACCUAAAGUUAUCAAUAUAUAUCUUCCUUGUCAUAGCAUGCAUCUCUUAAAAAGCCUCAACUGCUUUCCCUCACAUCUGUGAUCAUUAUGAAUCUUUUAGUUGCCUUCCAGCUGUAUAUUUUGUGUUUUCGAAAGCAUCUGACAUUAUCUUCCUUUCUGACCGUCUUAUCCAUAUUUCUAAAAACAGGCACAUUGUUGAGAUGCAUCCUUUUUGGUUAAUAGAUAUACUCCUAAGGAGCUUUUAAUUGCUUAAGGUUAUCAUCAGGAAUAAUCAUCACUUUAACUUUUCCUUAGAUAAAAUAUUUUGAAUUGUUAGAAUAAUUUUGUUGCCUUUCUCUGAGAUCUAUAGUCUGUUUCUCCUCAUCAUUUAAAAAUGCUAAAAUUUAUAUCACUUUUCUUUAACAAUGAUUUAAUACCUAACAAGGUAGAAGCGAAAAAAAAAAAAAAAAGUCAAUAUGAAAUCAAGACAAAAAUACAAGGAAAAGUAGAUAAGAAUUUUUAUUGCUAGAAGACCUGCACUAAGAAAAUCAUUGAAGAUAAAUCUUCAGUAUAAA